AUGGUAGCAAAUAAUACAUUUGCAUCAAUACCUUAUUUAAACCAAACUGGUCACCACAUUUUAAAGGGAAACUCGUCCUUUGCAAAGGUCAUCAACACACCUUAUAGAAUAGUUCGAUCCUUUUCAGGAGCUGUCAGUUUACAAUAUCAACAGGCACAGAAAGCAACAGAAUAUAGUACAGGUCUACGACAAUUCUUAAAUGUCCUUGGGUUUUUUUUCAGUGCUUACGCUAUAGUCUGUUUUGCUGCUGCUUUGCUACUUAAUAGAAUCGCCAUGUUACCAAAUUCUAGGACUCGUGAGAAUCCUCUUAGACUUCCUAGAUGGAUGAGGUCAACUCUGCAUUUUUUUGUUAUUAUCCCAAUGGUUACAAUGAUAUACUUGGUUGAAAGUAAUUGGGAAAUACCCCAUAUGAAUAACUUUCUUCUGAAGAUGUAUUACGUCAUAAUAUGGUCAUUUGUUGUUGAGACAGUAACAUCAGUGUCGUCGGGUCAAAUACCUUUAGAGAGCUCAGAUUAUACUAUCUUCGAAUUAUCUAUCCAAUUUUAUAGUAUGAAGAGUCUUGAUCAGGAACACAUAAUGGCUAAAGAAUAUAUGUCUGACUGUAUUGUGGCAAUGCUUAGUAGGAUACUAAUACAUCUAGUUGAUAUAUUUAAUGUUCGUAGAUGGAGACUGAUUGGUAGCACAGUAUUAAAUACUGGUUAUUUGAUAUAUCUGGGAAGAGUCGUUUACAAAGAUGGACCGCUAGCAAUAUCGUCCUCUACUAAGUUCAGGCAGGUUCCUAAAUUAUUCGGUAUUCUAAUUAUUUUAGUUUCGGUUGUUUGUUAUUUCUUAGCAUGUUUAAUAAGAUUUGAUCCUUUAAAUCCUGAUCAUAGUAAUUUACAAGACUUAAAGUUUCAUUCUUUCAUGCAAAAUUGGACUACACAUGUAAAUUUUAAAGGUGAUGAGGACUUUUCUACAAUUAUUUCAAGAUUAGCAAUGUUACUGUGUGCAGGAACAAAUUCAGGAGGUAAAUCAAUGCAUAGAGAAUUCUCCAAUAUUAAUAUUCCAAAUAAGAUUCAUAGCAACUAUGCCAUUAGUGACACAUUAUUCCAAGCUAAAGAACGGCUAAAGAAUGAUAAACUCGAUUCAAUGAAACAGAAAAGUAAUAGCGAUGUUCUUGAUGAAGAAGCGAAAAAAUGGGAUUGGCUUAAAAAAGGAAUUUCAUUUUAUUCAAUUGCGAAUUUACUAUGGAAGUUUGUAAUUCGUUUAUUUUAUGGAUUUAGGUCAAAAACUAAAUCAAAUAACGAACCGUUACAAACGUCUUUAUCAGAAAAGUAUGAAAAAGUUAUAAGCGAGGAAGCCGAAUAUGCUUAUGACACAGAAAGUGAAGAAAGUGAAGAAAGUGAAGAGAAUACAGAAGCAUAUAAUAAUUCUGCUGAUGGACAUUCCGCAUGGAUAUUAUUACAAAAUGAUAUGGAUAAUUCUGAUGAAAAUUUAUCAGAUGAUAGUGAAUAUAUCCCAGAUAAUAGUUUAGCUGAAGAUGAUAUUUUGUUUGUUGUAGAUAAGGAUGAACAGGUAGAUGAAAAAUGCCAGGUUAAUGAGUCUAAUGAUAAAAGAAACUGUAAUAAAAAUAAAAAUGAAGAAUUGACCGAGGUCAGUUUAGAUAAUCAAAUCGGUAUGUUAGAUUUAAGAACACCCGAAAAAGAUGUAGGAUGGUUUCUAUCGUUGCAAAGUAUAUUUAACUUCCAUUUGACACAUGCAGAAAGAAUAACGAGGUCUAAAUUUUCUGUCCUCAGGGCUCAGGAUGCCAAAAAGGAUACAGAUACCAUUCAUUCAGAGGCUGACCUAUUGUGUGCAGUCUGUAAAACAAACGAGAGAGAGAUUGUUCUAUGGCCUUGUAAUUGUUUUGCAAUGUGUGAUGCAUGUAGAAUUUCUUUGGCAUUAAGAGGAUAUAGCACUUGUGUUUGCUGUAGAAGACCUGUGGAUGGUUAUAGUAAAAUUGUGAGUGUAUCUAAUUAA